AUGGGACUCCUCCACCGAGUGUAUCUUUUUAUUGCGCUCUUCCUCUCGGCCACAAUGGCUAUCCCUCAACAAACCGCCUCGAUCACCACGGCUGCAGCGCCGGUGGUAAUCACCCAAGGCCCCGAGCUGAGGUGCUCUCACGGUCAAACUGUUGUCUAUACGACGGACUGUACGCUGGGAACCCCAGUUUCAUACUGCUUCAGCCAGGAACCUCCCAUCGAGUGCGCACAGGGAUUCUUCCCGUCUGUUUGGCAUCCGGAUCAUUGCAUGGAGCAAUCGAGCUGUUUUCCGCUCAGUGAGCCCUGGAUUACUACCGAGUGCUCGAAUGGAGCUAUUCCAUAUUCGACGUCCACCAUCUAUCAGGGUACCUUGGUAGGAGGAGAAUCGACUGUAAUCAGAGCUGUCUCCUGCUCCUGUGCUGCAUACCAAUGGUACAGCAUGACCCUACUACCAGGCUCGUCGAACUAUGACACCUUCUGUAUGCCAUAUAGCUCCUGUCCACGGGAUAUGACAACCUCCGUGUCGAUCAAUGAGUACUGCGCCACCCAGUCGGCGGGCGUGUGCUCGGAUAUCCCUUUGGAGACUGAGUUUUGUCAAUGUGCUCAUGCGGGGCAGACUCCAGUCUAUCCUGACUGGCCUGGCGCUAAUCCCACUGGGUGUGAGUUUUGA